ACUGGGUGUUCAUGUGUUUAUUAAAACCACAACAGAGGAGGGAGGGUAACACACUGGGCAACUUCUGCUUCUGCAAUGAUCAGAUACAGAAACAGAGGAAGGAGUGAGUUUGUGAAAUAGUGCCGAUUUUUCUACACCAUAUCAAGUUCAGAAUGAAUAUCCAGCCUCUUGUGAUUUUUUGUUUCUUAUCAGCUUUGUGCGAUGAAAACACCAGGUUUGUGGGUGCAAACGUCUUCAUCCAGACCGAAGGGGAAAGCAUCACCGUCAGCUGCUCCUUCGCUUUCUCCGGCAGGAUGAAGUAUCUGUGUAGAGACGAAUGCAACACCAUCCUCAUCCAGACAACAGACCACAGAGCAGAGCAUGGCAGAUACAGCAUCACAUAUGAAGAAGGCACCUUUCCAAUGUCGUACACACAUGUGUUUGUGACCAUCAGCCAACUGACCGAGUGGGACUCCGGAGAGUACAUGUGUGGUCUGAAAAGGCCGUACUUCCCUGAUUCACAACAGCACUUUGAGAUCAGAGUCCUAGAUGCUCUGGUCACUGAACACCAGCAAACUGAGCCAACAACAGCUUCACCUGCAGGCGACAAAGUCAAAGUUUCUCUCUCGGGCCACGUCAUUUCCCUGGUGGUUUAUGUCACUGCUGUUGUGUUUUCUGCUGUUUUGGUUUUCCUCGUGUACAAAUGGAAGACAAAGUGGAUCUCUGAUGGUUUGAACACUAGAGGACAGUCAGAGGACAGAAACAGUAGGGUUCCCAAAUGUGCAACAUCAAACUAUCCUGCACCAAAACAAGCCAGAAGCAACGGAGGUGAAAUCUACUGCAACCUCUAAAUUUUGAUUCUUUGCAAUUUUAUUUUGUAUUUUACACUAGUAUGACUGAAAUACAGUACUUGAGUUAUUAUUACUAGCGGCAUUGUACCCAUGGUGCCAUUGCACCAUAGCAUGAGAGGCUAAAACGCCCCCCUGUGGUGCAACAGUGGCAUUGUACCCAAACACCCUCCUGUGCUGCAACAUUGAUCAGACAACGUGCAUUAUAUAGUAGGAUAUUAAUUAAGAGUACAUCGUCAGCAUAUAUUCUAAUCUUCUAUUUGUUAUCCUUUGGAGUCAUACUUUGCAUUAGUAUAAAUAUCCUUUAGGCCUGGACAUAUUCUGCAAGAACAGAAAAAAAUUGCUGGGUUUUUUUGAGGUGACAAGAACAAGAACAAAGCCAGAACAUUUCAUUCAUCACGAGAAACUCAAGUGCAGAACUCCUGGGAAGUUCUUCACUUUUCCGCUUUAACCACGCCCACUUAAAAUUUUUGACCAAUCAUACAAUAGUGGUUGGACUUUACAUGAAAAAAAAAAGUUCUUCCAGGACGAUGUGUCGAGAACAAGCAUCAUUUUUUUGUACAGACUGCAGACUUAAAAAAAAUAAAUAAAUAAAAAUGACUGUACACUAUUUUGCAAACUUUGAUUAACCAGAGAAAAAUCUGCAAAUUGUUUUCAAUAACUGUUAAUCAUCGUUGCAGCAUUACUUACAACUCUCCCGUUCUCUUAAAACAAUUCAGGGGAAUCUCUCCUACUUUCUCUGUUCUUGUCGAGUAUGUAAUAACCUUUAAUUGUGCUUUAAAGACAUUAGGAUAAUGUUUUCAUUGUUUGUUUUACUAGUGUUUGUGUCAUUUACUGCUGUAACUGAAGAAUAACAUGACAAAAUGUCUUCAAACAAUGAGUGGCUGUGCAUUUACAUAUUUAAUCUUUUACUUAUUUAUCUAUUCUUAAUUAAUUCAUUGACUCAUUCAUUUUUUUUGUACCACUUAAUCCCUGGGGAGGGUCGUGGAGGUGCUGGAGCCUAUCCCAACUGCCAACAGGUGAAGGCAGGAUAUAUAUAUAUAUAUUUUUUUAAAAUUCCAUGAGUUUCUGAGGUACAUUAUAGAACAAAUAUAAGUAUUAGACAGGUUUCAAAGACUGUUAUUGAAUCAUAUGUAAGUGAAGAAUCAAUUAGUGUCAUUCCUAAAACUGUUGGUCAUGACUGUAAACCCUGGAUGUGUCCCCACAGGUCUGACAUACACAGACAAACAACCAUUCAUUCUCAUAUUCACAUCUUUGGGUGAAUUAGAUUAAUUAGCAUAUGAAGGUGCAUGUUUUUGGAUGGUGGUGGAAGUCAGAGUAUAUGCAGAGAACCCUUGGAAAACCUACCACUGCACAUUCUUACUAUAUAUUGUUAAUAAUAUAAAAUAAUUUAAAAUAGCUUGAAUGGUUGUAGAGUACACGUGCGUCUCCAUCAAAAAGUGCCAUAAUUUUGCCAACAAACAUAAAAAACAAGAUUUUAAGGUGAUGGUCACUUAGUCUUUAAAUAACUUAAGUUAAUACACUGAAAAAAAUCUAAAUCCUACCAAGUGUAUUUUUCUCAUUU